AUGGAUACCGAGGACUACAAUGCGCUUCUGAACCAGCCGCUUGAGGUUGGCUGUCAAAUGGAUUCCUUUUUAGAAACAGACGCGGAUGUUUCAUGCAUCGACGCUGAGUCUUUAGUAUUUUCGGCAAAAAUCCCUAUAUCAGUUGAAGUUUGUCUCAAAGCAAAUUCAGAAGCUUCUUUUAGCGACGUCCGUGCAUCAAUCUACCGGUUGCUUGCGAAGAGGCAUCAAGUCUUCGCUAAUGGGCCUCUUCUUCUAUUAACUUUGUGGACAUUGUUGUGCCGAGGAGGCGCUGUUGAAGACACCGAACAAGAGCAAGAGGUUGCCUCGUUUGAAUCAUGGAACCUUCCGUCAGAGGAUUUCCAUGGUCUUUGGGAAAGUCUGGUAUAUGAUUCGGGAAUCAAGCACCGACUUCUUCGAUAUGCUGCAAGUGCUCUUCUGUUUUCAGAGAAAGGCGUAAAUUGUCAGCUUGUUUCUUGGAACAGGGUGGUUUUGUUGUUCGGGCCACCUGGUACAGGGAAAACAUCUCUUUGUAAGGCACUGGCCCAAAAGCUAUCUAUACGUUUCAAAGAAAGGUAUCAGACAGCUCAUCUUAUUGAAGUGAAUGCGCACUCUCUCUUCAGCAAAUGGUUCUCCGAAAGUGCAAAGCUUGUGAGCAAGCUGUUCAGUCACAUCCAGUCUUUUGUGGAGGAUAGAAGUUCGUUGGUGUUCGUACUUAUUGACGAAGUUGAGAGCCUAGCUGCGGCACGUCAAGCUGCUCUUAAUGGCUCAGAUCCUUCGGAUGCUAUAAGGGUCGUGAAUGCAUUGUUGACUCAGCUUGAUAAACUGAAGCAGCAUCCCAACGUCAUGGUUCUGACGACUUCGAAUUUAACACAUGCCAUUGAUCUGGCGUUCAUUGACCGAGCUGACAUUAAAGCAUUUAUUGGACCACCGUCAUUGCAAGGACGUUAUAAUAUGUUGCAUUCAAGCUUCUGCGAGCUUCAACGAGUUGGAAUUGUUGAAGAGGUGGAGGGCAACACUGUCUAUCCGUCCACUUACAACGAACUGAUGCUGAGCGAUUGUAAUAGUGAGGACAUGGGAAGUAGUAAGGGUGUCCACUUAGGGAAGAAGCUUCUCGAGGUCGCCAAGGCCUGUGAGGGGCUUAGCGGGCGAAUUCUAAGGAAACUUCCUUUCCUGGCCCAUGCUACAAGCAACAUGCCUGGUGCUUGCUCAGCUGACAGCUUCAUUGACAAGCUGCAGUCAGCUGUGCAGAAGGAGCUGGAAGACAGGAACACCAUGGCUGCGAGGUAG